AUGUUGCAAAGCUCUAGCUCACGCGACUCGCCUCUGACAUCCCACGGCGUCCUGCAAGCCAGGCGCCUGGGCGCUCACCUCGCCACACGAACCGCUUCUGCCUCCGCCGGCAUCACGCACAUCUUUUCCUCGACCCUACGUCGUGCCUCUACCACCGCUGCCGCGGUUAGGGAAGCCGUUGCGUCCUCGCAUCACUCUGCAGCGAGAGACAUCGAGGUCGUGCGGCUCUCCGAUCUCCGGGAGAAGCACUUCGGCACGGGGGAGGGACAGAAGUUCGGAGGCACCACCGCGUCUGGGGCAGCACGACCCAGACACGAUGGCGCCGAGGACCUUGAUGCCAUGCGCAUGCGCGCCAAGCGGUUCGUUGACGGGUACCUGGCUCCCAUCUUCGCUUGCGUCGAAGCGGAGCCCGGUGGGGCCGCAGAGAGCAUCGUCAUCGUCGCCCACGGAAUCAUCCUGGGUGUAUUGUCGAGCGUUCUCUGCAGCCCCGGGCUCUUCGCUGCUGUGGAUCCCGACUCGGAGUCCCAGCGGCCAUGGUCGUGGAGCAACACCGGCUUCGUCGAGAUUCGCAUCACGUCGAUGCCGGUAGCUUCUGACCUUGCGCGCGCGUCGCUAGACGCGUUGCCGGCCGUCAGAUGGCCGCAUCUGUCUCUUCAGACUGUCGCGGUCAACUGCACCGAACACCUCGCGGGCCUGAAAAAGACCCGUGGCGGCAUCGGUAGCGCAAAGUUUGACGAGAAGCAGAAGACGAUCAUUUCGUUCUUCGCGCCCGCGUCUAGAAAACGCAAAAAUUGA